UUCAAUGCGCUUCAUCAUCUCGUCCCUCUGGCAAGGGUCUUCGUUUUGUGUGUUGGUCUUGCGGUCCCAUCCAGUUAUCUAGCUGGCCUCACCAUCUCGCCUUUGGUUUUUAAUGCUGGACUUCAUACCAUAUCUCUGAGUUUACCUUCGUAUCAUGAUAUGCAAUUGCAUGCGGCCGCUCUGGGGCAGUCAGUUCAGUGCGGCUGGGGGCUGACACCAAGCGGUGCCGGUUUGUGAUGGUCAAAGCUGGGUGAUCGAAGCCAUGGCCGUCUCGUUGCUGGUAAAGGAGAUUGCGGCUCAUGCAGUGGCGUACCCAUGAAAAAGUGAGGAAUGAUGCGGAGUGGAAAACGGUUGAGGAACAUGGUUUCACGUGGAAGAAAGACAGUCCUCAGCUGUUCUUGGUUACCCGAGCAAGGCAUCUACCUCUAACCUGCUCUUAGUAUGCACCUCUGGUGCCUGCUUGGGCGUGGAGAGAGACCCACAGAGAGCACUGGCUGGCGAAGUAUGUUACCAUUUGUGGUGAUCUCAAUCAUUGUGAACAGUCCUUAUGGACUAAAUAGCUGACCACCGUAGGGCGUUGAAAUCACGCUCGUAAGUAUUUCGAUGGUGAACAGAAUCGCCACCAUAGCCAGCACAUUAUUCUGUCGACGACUGAUUCAUUUUUCUUUGAAAUUUCGAGGAAUGAUCUGAAGCCUUUGCAUUUGGUGCUCAUCUUCCAUUUCCAGGAGGUGAAGCGGGGCGACUUUAGAGGGUUUGAAUCAGACUUGUGUGAUGCAGUGGGUCACAACCCGGACAGUUGACGUCAAAGAUUAUCGAAGUUUUCAAGAAAACGUAGGUCGCGGUUACAUCAGUGAAUUAUCAUCUGAAUCAAGCAGGAUUGAGAACAUUGUACAAGAUGACGAGAAUACGUUCCACAUGGAAGUGUCUGGGCGGUGUCACUCAGCUCCCGCUAGUCCUGGUACUUCUGGUUGUGAACGUAGCAGCUAGAGAAUUGCAACAGCCCGGUUUAUUUUCAGAGAAUAUAGAGCGAAACACGCUUCAACUAGAAUUUGGAAAACGAUCUGCACCACGAGGUACCGAGCGACACCAAAUGAAACCCAUGGCCGACACAUUUUCCACCAUCAGGGAGGAUCUCGCAACUGGGGCCGGUGCGCUACAUGCACACAUCAUGCACAGGGAUGCCCCUUCAUCACCAUUCCGAUUGAGCAACAGAACUCGCGUGGAGCGCAUGCAUGUGACCAUUUCAAGAGACAACCUGCGUGUUGCUUCCAUACACGGCCGUAUCAAUCAAACUGUGAAUGGAUUAACAAGAAGUCGCAGUCGUGAUCGACAGACGAAGGUUCCAUCACAAGACUUUCAGGCACCAGUCGUUUCAGGCUUGAGCUUGGGUAGUGGAGAGUACUUUAUUCGCAUUUCUGUGGGCACACCUCCUAGAAGGAUGUACCUUGUCAUGGACACUGGAAGUGAUAUUCUGUGGCUCCAAUGUGCUCCAUGUGUGAAUUGUUACCAUCAAAGUGAUGCUAUAUUCGACCCAUACAAGUCAUCCACGUACUCUACUCUUGGGUGCAGUACCAGGCAAUGCUUGAACUUGGACAUCGGCACAUGCCAAGCGAAUAAAUGUCUCUACCAGGUGGACUAUGGGGAUGGUUCCUUCACCACGGGAGAAUUUGGUACUGAUGAUGUUUCUUUGAACUCGACGUCAGGAGUAGGUCAAGUUGUGUUGAACAAGAUUCCCCUGGGUUGUGGACACGACAAUGAAGGGUACUUCGUAGGGGCUGCAGGUCUUCUGGGUCUGGGUAAAGGGCCAUUGUCAUUUCCUAACCAAGUUGAUCCUCAGAACGGCGGCAGAUUUUCCUAUUGUCUCACAGAUCGAGAAACUGACUCAACCGAAGGAUCUUCUCUGGUCUUUGGUGAAGCAGCGGUUCCACCUGCAGGUGCAAGGUUCACACCCCAAGAUAGCAACAUGCGAGUACCUACCUUCUACUACCUCAAGAUGACGGGAAUCAGUGUCGGGGGCACCAUCCUCACCAUCCCCACAAGCGCCUUUCAACUCGACUCACUUGGCAAUGGAGGUGUCAUCAUAGAUUCUGGCACCUCCGUCACUCGUCUACAAAAUGCCGCAUAUGCUUCUCUUCGUGACGCCUUCCGUGCUGGCACUUCGGACUUGGCACCAACUGCUGGAUUCUCCCUUUUCGACACAUGCUACGACCUCUCUGGGUUGGCCUCUGUAGACGUCCCAACCGUCACGCUGCAUUUUCAAGGCGGUACUGAUCUAAAACUCCCGGCCUCAAAUUAUCUCAUUCCGGUCGACAACUCCAACACCUUCUGUUUGGCGUUUGCCGGUACCACGGGUCCCUCCAUCAUUGGCAACAUCCAGCAACAGGGCUUCCGCGUAAUCUACGACAAUCUGCACAACCAAGUCGGCUUUGUCCCAAGCCAGUGCAACUAGGGCAAACAGGAAAAAAUUAAAUGCUCGAGCGCUACAUUCGAAAUUGAAGAUGUAGACUAGGACACUCAAUGGCAAUAUGCACGAAGAUAGUUUCAGUGCAAUAGUAUGUUCAAAUAUAGCUGGAAGCACGAUUCGGCUUUACAUGAUUACGACAUUGUACACAAUCACGACCCAACAAAGUACCUGAAUUUGAAUUAUAUUAAGAAGACGAAGUACCAUUCAGUGAUUGCCAUUA